GAUCACUGAAAUAGUGCUAUGAAUGGUGAAUCUGGAGCAGAGGUGGUAACUUCACCACCUCCUGCAGCUCCUCAUAAAGAGAGGUAUUUUGAUCGAGUUGAUGAAAAUAAUCCAGAGUACCUGCGCGAGAGGAACAUGGCUCCUGACCUUCGCCAGGAUUUCAAUAUGAUGGAGCAAAAGAAGAGAGUCUCCAUGAUUCUUCAAAGCCCUGCCUUUUGUGAAGAACUGGAAUCCAUGAUCCAGGAGCAGUUCAAGAAGGGAAAGAACCCUACAGGCUUAUUGGCUUUGCAACAGAUUGCAGACUUCAUGACGACAAACGUGCCGAAUGUCUACCCCGCAGCACCCCAAGGGGGAAUGGUGGCCUUAAAUAUGAGUCUCGGCAUGGUGACUCCAGUGAAUGAUCUCAGGGGGUCUGACUCUAUUGCAUAUGAGAAGGGAGAGAAAUUGCUGCGAUGUAAGUUGGCCGCGUUUUACCGGCUGGCUGACCUGUUUGGGUGGUCACAGCUCAUUUACAAUCACAUAACAGUCAGAGUAAAUUCAGAGCAGGAGCACUUUCUCAUUGUGCCUUUUGGGCUUCUCUACAGUGAGGUGACUGCAUCUAGUCUGGUUAAAAUAAAUAUUCAAGGUGAUGUAAUUGACCGUGGAAGCACUAAUUUGGGCGUGAAUCAAGCUGGCUUCACUUUGCACUCUGCCAUUUAUGCUGCUCGACCUGACAUUAAGUGUGUUGUUCACAUUCACACCCCAGCUGGGGCAGCGGUGUCUGCAAUGAAAUGUGGCCUCUUGCCUCUGUCCCCUGAAGCCCUGUCCCUUGGAGAAGUUGCUUACCAUGAUUACCACGGGAUUCUUGUGGAUGAGGAGGAGAAAGUGUUGAUUCAGAAGAAUCUGGGGCCCAAAAGCAAGGUUCUCAUCCUCAGAAAUCAUGGAUUGGUCUCUGUUGGAGAAAGUGUGGAAGAAGCUUUCUACUACAUUCAUAAUCUGGUUGUUGCUUGCGAGAUCCAAGUACGUACUUUGGCCAGCGCGGGGGGCCCAGACAAUUUAGUGCUGUUGGAUCCGGGAAAAUACAAAGCAAAGUCUCGGUGUCAUGAGUCUCCAGAAGGGGAGAGGACACCAUCACAACCAAGAUGGCAGACAGGCGAGCAGGAAUUCGAAGCUCUUAUGAGAAUGCUUGAUAACUUGGGUUACAGAACUGGCUACCCCUAUCGAUGCCCUGCUCUAAGAGAGAAGUCUAAAAAAUUCAGUGACGUGGAGAUUCCUGCUAGCGUCACAGGGUACUCUUUUGCUAGCGAUGGGGACUCAGGCACUUGCUCCCCUCUGCGGCAUAGUUUUCAGAAGCAGCAGCGAGAGAAGACAAGGUGGCUGAAUUCUGGCCGAGGGGAUGAUGCUUCAGAAGAAGGGCAGAACGGCGGCAGCCCCAAGUCGAAGACUAAGGUGUGGACGAACAUUACACACGAUCACGUGAAACCCUUGCUGCAGUCUCUCUCGUCCGGUGUCUGCGUGCCAAGCUGUAUUACCAACUGCUUGUGGACUAAAGAGGAUGGACAUAGAACUGCCACCUCUGCUGUCCCAAAUUUAUUUGUUCCAUUGAACACUAAUCCAAAGGAGGUCCAAGAAAUGAGGAACAAGAUCCGGGAGCAAAACUUGCAAGACAUUAAAACUGCUGGUCCCCAGUCGCAGGUUCUUUCUGGGGUUGUUGUGGACAGAAACCUUGUACAGGUGAGGACAAGGGCUAAGGAUGCUCCCCUCUCAGACUGUACGGAAACAAUUGAAGGGCUCGAUCCCACAGAGCAGGCCUCUAGUCCUGCUAAACCUCUCUCUGUUAGAAAGGGAGAACUGGUGACGGCAUCCAAAGCAAUAAUUGAGAAGGAGUACCAGCCAAGAGUCAUUGUGAGCACAACGGGACCAAACCCCUUCAACAAGCUCACAGACAGGGAACUGGAAGAAUACCGCAAAGAAGUGGAAAGGAAGCAGAAGCAAUCAGAAGAAGAUUCCGAAGAUGCCAGCCAACCGAGAGAAGAGACUCCUGCUGACCACCCUGCUGCCUGUCUCCUGCCCAGCACUCCGGUCAAGCUGCAGGAAGAGAGGCAGCCUGAGCAGCCUUACAAAGAUGACAGUGAUGCUGCAACUUUCAAGCAAAGCCUCCCAGACCUCACCCCUGACGAGCCUUCUGAAGCCCUCAGCUUCCCAGCCUCUGGGAAAGAAGAGGAAGGUAAAUGUGAGAAAGACCUGACCCCCAGCCAAGUGGAGUGUCCCGCUCAGCCUGGGGAAGAAGCGCCACCCCCACAGGCUGAGGAGGGGGCAACGGUGGAUGCUGGCAGCGAUGAGUCUCCUGGGAAGUCUCCGUCCAAGAAGAAGAAGAAGUUCCGCACGCCUUCCUUUCUGAAGAAAAACAAAAAGAAGACUGACUCCUAAACACCUUCAGAAAUGCUGUCAUGUGUUAGAAUUUUAAGUUUAUUAACCACUAGAAUGUAUCAGAUUGUACUGAGUGUUUUUUGUCAUGUAAAAAGCAGAACAAGUAACACCCUCAAGUUAUAGCUUGAUUGCUUAAGAUUAUACUAGAAAAUUAACAAGCAGAAGGUGCUAAUCUUGUGUAUGCCGCAGCAGCUAAGCCGGUUUAUUCCUAGUAUGUAAAAGUAUGUAAACAUCGGAAGAAGACACUGAGCCACUGUGUAUGAACCACUUUAGAUAUGAAGGCAAGCUCUUUUCACAGUGUCCUGCUUAAAAUGUGCUGCUAUCUGCUCACUCUAAAAGUUAUUCUUGUCCCAGAUCCUACUUUGGUUGCUAGCGGUGACUGGGAGAGGACUCUGCAUUUAUAUUUUUGAGAAUAGAUCUGCACCUGCACUGAAUCAAUGCUGUCCUGAGGCUUCAAAGAAUGUGGUCUUCCUCCCUUCCUGUUUUGAACUGUAGCAUAGCUGAGACGCCAAACCUCCUUGUUUGAUCUGAGAAGAAGGAAGCUGCUUGUGUUUCCUGCCAAGAACCCGGCCUGCUUUCUAAUGAAGUUUCCACAGAAUAAUGAUGUUUCACUGAUUCGUUUUCUAGCAAAGAGUAGCAUCCCAACUCCUUCUAGAAAUCUGGAGGUUAGCUUCAAGUGCUGGAUAUGAAAAUGCCCUGGUCACAAACACACACCUUGAUCUAGGCUCGUGGUCUCCUGCCCAGUUGCUUUAAUGAGCCUGGGCACGAGUGACAACAGCUGCCACAGUCACACCCAGUGGUGGCCUUUCCCCGUAGUGCUUCAAGCAAGGGCAGGAGGAACCUGGUGAAGUGUGCCGUAGGCCAGCAGCAAGUGGCAGGUCUUGGCAGAACUUGCCAUAUUCACUUCUCCUUCUCUGCACUGUUGUUUUUUAGCUGGGGCAUGUAUGAGCAUUCCAAAAACAGAGAACAUUGAGUUUCCUUCAGAGCUUAAAACUGAGCUUGUGAAAGAAGCAGGUGCAUUCACAUAUGACUUGAGGUCAGGGGACUUAAGAGAUUUUUUAAAUAAAUGAACUAGAACUUAAUACUGGAUGGCGUACUACAUCAAGGCUGUGUAAUGAAAAAACAAAGCUUGGUGUACAGUAGCUAGCAUUGAAUGCCUUACCCUAGAAUGAGUUCAGUGAUUGGGUGCAGCUUCAUUAGAAAGAAAACACCUGUAUUAGACUCCACAUAAGUAUCGGAGCUGUUUAAAUUUGCCUCUGUAAGGCUGAUGCAGAAGAUUUACGGGGGAAUAAGAGUCAAUGGUAGUAACAGCACUGCUGCAGGAAAACGGGCAAGCACUGGUCGCUGUAGAAGAAGAGGAGAGGCUGAAACUGUUCAUGUUUCCUAUGGACUCUGCAUGGCACUAACGGCUUUCAGCUUGUUUCCUAACUUUAUAUGUCCUGUGAACACUAAACAGCAGCCUGUCCCAAUUUUGCUCCGCUGUGUCUCAUGGCCUGAGUUGAAAUUGCAUCACAAAAGCCAUUGCUUCAUGUUUCUGUUAGAAAAUGUAGGGAUUCAAAUUAUCUUUCUGACCACAUAUGCAAUGAUUUUGAAGUUCUAAUUUUGUAGUUCUUGAUUCUUUGUAUUACAGUAUGAAACCUCGUUGUGUGAUGGUGUGGCACAUGGGGGUGGGAUGGGGGUGGGAGGGAAGCAGAAGAGUCCUGUAUUUUUUCUUCCUUUGUUGUAUCAUUCAGUUCUACUCACAAAUAAAACUCUUCAAAGGA